AUGGGGAACAGCAAAUGCAAGGGCACAGAGCUGGCCGGGGAUUUUGGGCGAGGGCCUAGUCAAAACAGAAACCCAGGUUCACAUCUCAGCUGGGACACCUCCUCCACCAGCUUCCGCAGGACCUUCCUAAGCUGCCACUUCCUCUGUGAAGUGCAGAGCAAGAACAGCUCCUACCUCUCGGAUAUGGUAGAAAGAGGACUCCAGGGCCGCCGCGGUCGGGUGUUGAGUGACUGCACGAACACCUGCGAGCGAGGAGGCCUGCGAAGGGUACGCUCAUCAAGGUGGAACGCGUUCUGGAUGGCCUAUGAGUACCCCAAUUUCCAGGGACAGCAAAUCAUUCUGGAGAAGGGUGACCAUUCUUGCUAGAGCGCCUGGAAUGACAGUGGUGGCCACCACAGCAGUGACCAGCUGCUCUCUUUCCGGUACCCUGCUGGUGAGGCCAGGGACUGGGAGGUGGAGGGCAGAGAGCAAGCUUCACCAUUCCAGGAGACCAAGGAGCCUUUCAGGGGGAAGAACCUGAACCACAGUGACAGCCCUGUGACACUAUUUGAGGGGGACAACUUCCAGGUUUGCAGGUUUGAACACAGUGAUGACUACCCAUCCCUGCCCUCCAUGGGUUGGGCCAGUAGGGAUGUGGGUUCCCUUAAAGUCAGCUCUGAAGCGUGGGUGGCCUACCAAUACCCAGGCUACCAGGGUUACCAGUAUGUAUUGGAGCAGGACUAGCAUGGCAGGGAGCUCCAUACCUACAGCGAAUUUGGCACACAAGUCCAUACUGGGCAGCUGCAGUCCACUUGAAGAGCCCUGCCGGACCUGGCGCUGUCUUCAUCUCCCAAGUACCCGCGGUCGCAUCGGGCGGGGAUCAGUACCCCAGAGCGCAAAGCCUGA